AUGGCCUUCCUGGUGUCGCUCAUCUGCUUCUACAAGUGCCUCAGGGGGGUCCUGCUCAACCCCACGUGGAUGGCGAUACUGUACAAGCGUGGUGGGAAGAAGGCCCGAAAAACGCCUUGGCAUGAGCGGAGGGGGCUCCUGCGAGUCCUGUGGACGACGAUAAUCUCGCCGUUCGGAAAGGUCCAAUUCUUUCAGGGCUACGUCGGCGACAUCCUUACUAGGCACGGCGGAAGUUAGUGCUGUCUGAAACGUCGAUAGUAUGGGGAAGUCGAUUUCACGCUAUGUAGUGAAGAAGAAUCGGAGACACUAUGUAUGUCCACGACCACAACGACGAGUGCUUGCUAAAGGCGAAUUAGAUAUGAAAUACAAGGCGUCCCUGCCGGACGUGGGUGUCAAGCCUCCCGCGGGU